UUGCCGUGGAGACCAGGCAAGCGUUGAGCUGCCAACGACUCGGGGGCUAGUUGGCCGGGAAAGAAAGCUGCGCCUCCCGGACCGGGCCGGGGGCAGUAGCGACCCCGCAGAACCGGGUGUUCCGUGUAUCCGGGAUAAGCAUGCACCCCGAGGACUCGGAGGCCGUGGUGGACGGGCCGGCGGAGCAGGGCUGCGCGCAGGAGCCGGGAGUGGACGAGUCGGUGGGCGACCACGGGGACGCGGGCCCAUGGGGCCGCAAGGAAGAAAUUAAUGAUCCGAAGGAAAUAUGUGUGGGUCCUUCUGACACAUUGUUACCAAGUGAGCAGAAACAGAGUGGUGACAGCAGGUUGGACAGUCGCUCUGCACACCAGAGAGAUGACAAGGAAGAUCGUGGCCCCAGAAUGACUAAAAGUUUUCUGCAAAAACUCUGCAAGCAACACAAGCUUUAUAUGACCCCAGCAUUGAACGAUACACUGUAUUUACACUUUAAAGGUUUUGAUCGCAUCGAGAACUUGGAAGAGUACACGGGGCUACGCUGUCUCUGGCUGGAGUGCAAUGGAAUACAGAAGAUCGAGAACCUGGAGGCCCAAACCGAGUUGCGUUGCCUCUUCUUGCAAGUCAACUUGCUCCAUAAAAUCGAGAACUUAGAACCUCUGCAGAAACUGGAUGCUCUUAACCUCAGCAACAAUUACAUCAAGACCAUUGAAAACCUCUCCUGUCUGCCGGUCCUGAACACCUUGCAGAUGGCCCACAAUCACUUAGAGACUGUGGAAGACAUUCAGCAUCUAAAGGAGUGUUUGAAACUUUGUGUCCUUGACCUUUCCCACAAUAAGCUGAGUGAUCCAGAAAUCCUGGGCAUCCUGGAGAGCAUGCCUGAUUUGCGCGUCCUGAAUCUGAUGGGAAACCCCGUGAUCAAGCACAUCGCUAAUUAUCGGAAGACAGUCACCGUUCGACUAAAACAUUUAACGUACCUGGAUGACAGACCAGUUUUCCCAAAGGACAGAGCUUGUGCAGAGGCCUGGGCCAGGGGCGGGCUUGCCGCUGAGAAAGAGGAGAGACAGCAGUGGGAGAGCAGAGAGCGGAAGAAGAUUGAGGACAGCAUCGAAGCCCUGGCGAUGAUCAAGCGGCGAGCGGAAGAGAGAAGGCGGCAGAAAGCCAGCCGGCAGGAAGGGGAGGAGCUGGCGCCGGAGGAGAGCAAGAAUGUGGAUGGCAGCGUGUCAGGGAAGGAAGAGCCUCGUGAGGAGGGGGAGAGGCGGCAGAAAAUGGAGCAGUUUGUCAGUGAGAGCUUCGAGGCCAGGGAUGAGCUAUUCCCAGAGAAGUUGGGUCUGGUGGCGGUCAGCAGAGAGACCGAAGGCCAGGAGCCGGCGGGGCUGCACCUGGAGGAGGCCCUGAAGCCGGCCGCCCCCGGAGCUGCCUGCGAAGAACCGCCCCCCCAGACCGUGGUCGCCGGGGGUGAAGCAGGCACAGAACUGGGUGGAGACGAUGAUUUAGAAACCAUCACACUGGAGGUGAAGGAGAAGUUCUUCAUUGACGACCUGCCCGACUUGGAAGACGCUGAGACAGGCGAGCCUCUGGAAGGCCAGGACGAGAUGUGCCUUCCAAAGAUUACAGCCAUCUCGAGCUUGAGUGAUGACAGUGACCCUGAACCGGACUACUACUCAUUCCCAGUACCGGCAGACACCCCAGACACCCUUUCAAACAUAUUCGCCAUCCCCAGAGACACCUCGAGGAAGGCUGACACACCUUUCACCAACAUAUUUAAAGCAGCAGCUGAGAGGGACUCAGAGAUACCAAAUAGAGACACCAAGUCCCCACGCCCGCUAAUCCAGGAGCUCCACAGCAAGGAGGCUUCAGGCCAGCCACCGAUGCCCCCAACUUGCCAACGGGAUGCCACACCACCCCCUUCCAGUGAGGACGGGGACAGUGACCUUCUUCCAGCCUCCCCCCCAGGAAACGUCACUGACAAGAAUGAGGCACGAUCUGAGAUGGAACUCGCCGAGCCCAAGGUGGGAGAAGACCGGGAGGACAUUGAAUUUGGCUUGGACUGAACCCCAAGGUGGCCCUUCUGCCCCUAGGCUAAUGGGGACAGUGAGCUGGCAGCUAGGGCUCCCCCCCUCCAUGGGUGCAGGUCACCCCCUUGGCUGGGCUCCCCUUCCAUCCAGUCGCAGUUCCUGAGAGCGCUCGGGCCUCGGCUCCCCCUCUGCGGGCAUCUCUGCAAGUAGGAACAGUGGUGUUCCUGCCCUCAAAGCAGAACUCGACCUCCCCCAGUCCUCUGCUGCAUGGGUUGUGUGACUGAGCAUUACAGACGUUUCAGUAUC